UUACAACAAUUCUUUUCUUUCCCUCUUUUUUUUGUUCUCAUCAAUGUCCCUUUCUCAUGUAUCAAGUUCAUCAUCUCCUUCUCCUUCUCCUUCUUCUUCCUUCCCAUUUCCGGAGAGCUCGCAUCUCCGGGUCCAGCUCGUGUCCAAGUCUGUGUCCGACCGGCUGCUCCAGAAAUUCUGCGACCUCUCGGAGUUCCACUUUGACUAUGAGAAGAGCGGACUCUGGUCUCCCCCGGCGAGAAGAAACGUGUUUCUUAGCUCUCCGGGGAAGAUAUACGGCGAGCGGGAAAUGUCCGCAAAGCUAAAGAAUGUGACCGAAGCUCGGACACAUAGAAGGCAUCUCAAGCAUUGGCUCAAGCCAUGUUGGUGCUCAUGAAGAUGAUGAUAUAUCUCCGACCAUUAGUUAAUUAAAAUUAGAGCAAAUAAAGGUAAUUUACAUUGUACUUAUGUAAACUGAUUAUGGUUAAUGGAAUACACAGGAUGCAUAAAGUCCCAAGGUCUUAAUGUCUU